AUGUUACGGCCAGCUCUCCCUCGGAUAGGGAACUCUCUCAAAAUCUUCCGCCGCUCACUCCACAAGGUUCCUAUCCUCAACCACAAUUUCAACAAUGGCGUACCAGGCCUCCUAUCGCCUGCCGGCUUCGACAUGGCGUGGACGCAAUACCAGGCUCUGAUGGUAGAGAAGCUCAAUGUCCUUACAGCAGAAACUGAUAUGGAAUCCAAAACCCCCAAAGAAAUACUCAUCAAAUAUGCGCGAGAUCCCAACUCCGCUCCCAUCUUCAAUUACGCUUCGAUGGCGCACAACAACAAAUUCUUCUUCGACGGUCUUUCCCCGAACCCAGGUCCCAUGGGAAACGACCUCAAGAGGGAACUCGAAACCUCCUUCUCUUCAAUCGAGACUCUGAGACAAGAGUUCUUACUUACCGCCACCGCGAUGUUUGGCCCGGGUUUUGUCUGGCUGGUGAAGACCAAAGAUAGGAGAUACUCUAUUCUCACGACAUAUUUGGCGGGUUCGCCUUGGCCACAAGCACACUAUAGGAGACAACCGGUGGAUAUGAAUACGGAAAAUGAACAGUUCUCCGAUCAUGUCAGGGAAUUGCAGCGUGGUCCUGCUGUCAAUGAGAGAAAAUUGGGGGCUCACGGCAGGUCUGCGGAAGUAGCACCCGGAGGGGUUGAGCUUACACCCAUUCUUUGCCUCAACACAUGGGAACAUGUCUACCUUCCUGACUAUGGAGUGGGUGUUGGCGGUGCUGGGGGCAAGAGGACGUUUGUGGAGAAUUGGUGGCAUACGAUUGACUGGGAUAUUGUGUCGACCUAUGCAAAUCCCAAUUCAAGCAACCCAGCGUUUGUGUGA